AUUUCAGAGAAACGUUAGAUCCAGAUUUUAUUUGUCCAUAAAAUGAGACAUCUCUUGACCAGAGUUCAGUUCUGUCAAAAUGAAGAGAUUGCUAUUACCUCUUUUGCUCCUAACAUCUUUAUUGCAAGGUUCUUUUACAGAGCUUAUUAUUCAAGUAAAUCCUGGGACAAUAUCUCCAGGGCUAACCCCAAAACUUACAGUCACAUGUUCUAUAAGUAAUGAGAGCGUUGCCGAACUCAAUGCCAUCCAAUCGCUCUCUAUGUCUCGUUAUAAUGAAACAAGUAAAACUUUUGACGUCCUAUAUACAAUAGACAAAGAAACACUGAGUCUCAAACAGAUUGUAGAGCUUAAAGGUGUACAGAUUAGUUUUGGAAAUCUGUUCAUAUUGCUGACUAUUCCCAGUCCAAGUCAGUAUGAUUGUCAAACGUACAGCUGCAUUGCUAAUGGAUAUAAUAAAUAUGGUAAUAAUGAUUCAAUUUCAACAAAGGUGAAGGUAGAAAGCAGAACGAAUAUAACAGAAUAUAUCAAAGAAAUCAAUCGUUUGAAGAAAUUGGAAGCCAACUCAAUAAUGGAAGACAAUGUACCUUUGAAAAACAUUGAAAAGCUUAUUUUAGCGAAUAUGAACAUACAAAUGUGUUCAUUAACAACCAACAAGACAUCGGAAGAUCUAAUUGAAAAAGCAACUCUACAUUUUCGUGUCAAUUCUAAAACAAUCAAAGAAUUGCUCCAGCCGAUGAUUAUGAAAUGUACUUUUCAGGUUUCCAAGAAUGACGCAAGUCAAAACUUCACAGUUCACUAUAUGUACAUUCGUCAUGAGACCAACGGAGUUCUGGCCACCAUUUCAAGAGAUCAACAGGUUGGAAUCAGUCAGGACACAAGUUUGAGUCAAGUUCAAGGCCAACUCUCUGACCAAGAUUUCAAUAUCUCUUAUCUUCAGGUGAUAUGGAUAAAGCCAAGUCCUUCACAGUCUGGCAAAUACGUGUGUGGAGCCAACAUCGUCAACCAGGAGGGCCAACUGGAAAAGUUGAAGGCUUCACUAGAAAUAACAAUUGAGAAAACAAGUUUAGAUGAUUUGGUUCCUAUUGUGAUCGAUUUACUAACAGAAAGAACUAAGGUCAGACAUAUACUGGAGGCUAGCAAGAAGGAAAUAAUCGAAAUAAAGCAACAAGUUCGUUCAGCGGUCAUUGAAAACGUACGCUUAAUAAAUCACAACAGUUCUACUGCCUUUGUUCUCUACUCUAACAUCGAGUUCAGUGGGUGUAAACCUAACCACACAUCACAGAUCAAGACUUUAGCUAUGAACUGUCUGAGAAACGUCCACUGCGCUGCGCUGAUGUGCGCUAAAGACCUGACCUGCACCCCUUGCGACAGGUCUGCUAUCAGCGGACUUCGGUUUCCAGAUCAUGGAAGUGAGAUGUACUUAAAGAGAAGCCUGGUACUAUCACAAGUCGAGAAACGUUUACCCUCAUUGGUUUUAUCUGAAAGUAUCGCUGUGCCGUCUGGUUUAAGGGCUGAGGACUUGAUUUACUUUAGAGUAACAUUAUUAAAGUAUGACAAUUUUUAUAUCGACCUUUAUGAAGACAAUUAUAACAUCAACUACCAGUUCAGAGCGAGAUGUGAUGAUGAUCAAUGUACCGGUAAAGGCGAUUGUUCGGAAUCUGCUUGCAAAUCUAAGUUUGUUACGAUCAAUUCCAAAACGUAUGGACUUUGGUCACGCUCAUUCGUUACUAGGGAUUACCCGUUUGUUCUCAAUGAGGAGUAUGAAAUGUACUUACUGAUUCAUCAAGACUCAGUGGAUGUCUACAUAAAAGAUAAACUUUUCGCAAAUUUAAAAACACCAAGAAAACCAGAGGAUGUUCGCGUUAUUCAAUUUGGAGGCACCAUAGUUCUUCAUGAGCUUAGCCUCUGAGAACUCUCUUCUAUGGGACUUUACACUUUACAAUUGAUUUGAAAGAAGCUAUAACUACCAAGCUACAUAAAGUUGCUAUACUUUUUUUUUUCAAAUGUCAAAUAAGUACCUUCAAAAUAUAUUAUUAUUAUUAAGAAACCCAAAGCCUAGAUAUUCUUUUUCCAAUACCUCUAUUCAAGUCAGAACUUCAUGGAACCUUAAGAAUCCUGGAUCCAGGAACACUUGGUGUAUAUAGCUGAGAAAAGAAUAACUAGAUCGUUAGUCACGCGGAACGCUUGUUUGAGUGUUUUAUUUUUUGCAAAUUGAAAAAAAAAAUGUUAAUUUGGCUGGAGAGUUAUAUCUAGGUAGAGAGCCGACAUUGCGUAGUUAGACGUACUACCUUAAUUAUACUAUAACUAUAACUGAGUAAACUCUAAGUUGUUUCAAUUUUUUGAAAGUUUAUAAGCGUUGUUUAUAUUUUUUAAGAAAUUCUAAUAAUGUUUACAUUUAUAUUCUAGAUAUAGAAGAAGAUCUAGACUAGAUUUUAAAAGUUAUGAAUCAGAAUUUUAGGUCUAGUGUUAGAUUUAGAUGUCCAUAUAAUGAUGAUACCAACAAAUGAUCGCUAAAGUAUACCUUGCAAGCUGGCCACAUCGAAAUAUACGUAGCAACUGACUGUGUUACGGGUUCGAUACCCAAAUUGAACCAAACAUUUUUUAAUUAUUUUUCUUUUAUUAUAUUACUACCCAUAUAUUUCCCACCGACCGCGGGUUUUAAUGGACCUCAUUCACCAAUCGUAACAAAACAACAUUUAGCCACGUUAUAAUAUUGAUAAAACAAUAAAAAAUUACGUAUCACGUGACAGCCUUUAUGUAUUGCGUAAUUUGUAUAGAAGAUAUAGAGAACCACGUGGCAAAAUAUUGUUUGUUUACGAUUGGUGAAUGAGGUCCAUUGGCGUAUCACUGAUAUAGUCACAGAUAACGAAAUCCGAAAUAAAGACUUGCAAGGAAAGGUUUAAUAUAGUUUUAGACUUACUUUUAAAUUAGACUCAUUUGUUUAAAUUAGGUAAAAUACAUGUACUUUCACUAAACAUUCUUGAUCUAUCAGUUUAAGAGUAAAUUCCAAUAGUAUGUCAGUAUAUUUAAUAUCCCCCAUAUACAUCCUCAUCUUGCCUUAUUGUAUGUCAGUAUAUUUAAUAUCCCCCAUAUACAUCCUCAUCUUGCCUUAUUGUAUGUCAGUAUAUUUAAUAUCCCCCAUAUACAGCCUCAUCUUGCCUUAUUGUAUGUCAGUAUAUUUAAUAUCCCCCAUAUACAGCCUCAUCUCGCCUGCCAAAUCUUAGUGUGAUUUCACUCUGUAUGUAAAGGUGUGCGCGACACUUGAAUGUAACUAUUAAAUGCAGGUUAGACAGCUAAGUUCACAUUUCACAGCUAUAGCGAACAAUUUCGUGUAAAAAAAUUUUUGACGCACAAGUUUGAAGGUUUAUUUUAUAAAAUAAUGAAAUGAAUAGAUUAUAUGGUGUAUCUUGAAGUGUUCGCGAGAUGUUUUGUCAUGCGCAUGCGUGACCUUUCGGUAGUGUCUAAUGUAAGAAGCGCGAGAAAUCAUGAACGGCUAUUGUACGUCAAAAUGGAUAAUUAGGGAACGAAUUUAUGUUCAAUGCUUUGAAACACAAUUUAAAAGUUAAUCUGAUUAAAUAAUGAAAUGAGUGACUAUAUUUUGUAUAUUCAUAUUUUCUAGGUUCAUAUGUUAAAGUAAACAUCUAUCUUUGCUAUGGAUAGAUGAUAUCUUUCCCUAGAUUUCCUGCUAUUACUAUUUGGGCCUUGUCUCAUGUAAACAUAUGGUGGUAAUAGGUAGCCGAAAAUUUAAAAAGAUAUUUUUAAAUACAUUUAAUAAACGUAAAUAUUGGGUAAUAGUUUAGAUGCCCAGAUUCCUAUACUGACCACCAUGUUUUUUUUUAAGCAUAUUUAUCUCCCUUAUCUAUAUUCCACUUUCAAAUUGUUCUUAUGCUGUCAACUUAUGAAUUUUUUAGUGUAUUUACUGAAAUGAAGGUCUAAAAAAAUGUUAAUAAUAAAUUGAUGAAGUUGUUUCUUCUUUUUUUCAAUAACUUUUUUAAAGAGAGUUUU